AUGAAUGAAUAUGAAAAAUGGCGGCAAAACGAUACUAUUUAUAAAUCAUUAAUUAUAAACCCUUUACGUCAUAAUCAUCAACAUUUUAAUAAGAGAAAUAAUAUUUUUCUACCACAAUCAUUAUUAACGUCAUCAACAUCAUCAUCAACAUCAUCAUACUUAACAAGCCAAUUAAAUGAUAGCUAUAAUAAUUAUUAUGAAAGGAAUAAUUUAACAGCAUCUAAAACAAUUGAAUUUAAUGCACUUACCGAAAAUUUAACAGUUAAUGGAUUAACAAAUUAUCAUUUGGAUAAUAAAAUUUUAAAUCUGGAUUUUGAUAAAACAAAUUUUCAUGAAUCACUUAUUGAACAAAAUAAUAAUAAUAACAAUAAUUAUAAUGAAGACAAUGAAGUUAUACAACCUGGAUCAUUAUUAUUUCUUAUUAUAAUAUAUGGUAUAAUUAUAUUAUGUGGAGUAUUAGGUAAUGCAUCAUUGGUAAUAACAUUAUUUUCUACAUCAUCAAUACGUUUACGUAAUCCAUUAUUAAUUGCAUUAUGUAUAGCAGAUUUAUUUGUUUCGGGUAUAUCAGCUCCAACAACAAUUAUAACAUUGGCAUUAACUCAAAAACCAUCAUAUCUAUCAUUAACUGGUUGCAAAGUUAUUUAUUAUUUACAAUCGAUGCCAACAGCAGCAAGUACAAUAUGUUUCCUUAUGUUAUCUUUAGAUCGUUUCAUAACUGUACAACAUCCUACUAUAGCUCAAAUAAGACAGAGACGUUAUGUUCAUACAAUAUUAGCAGCAAUAUCAUGGUUGGCAGCUAGUUCAGUAUGUCUUCCAUUUAUUUUAUUUUAUAAAUUAACAUUAACAUCAUCAUAUAGAACCUUAAUGAAUAAUAGAGAAAUUUCAAUAAUUAAUCAAGAUGAUAUUAAUAAAGAUAGUGAUGAAAUAUUUUUAACAUCAACAUCAUUUAAUGAUGAUAAUGGGAAAGAUAGUAUAACAAAAUCAUAUAUACAAAAUUAUUUAAUGUGUCAACCAGAAUAUAAUUCAAGUCAAAUACAAACAUCAUUUAUUGUAUUAUAUACUAUAAUAGUAUAUAUAUUUCCAAGUUUAGGUGUAUUAAUAAAUCAUUAUGGUGUACGUAGAAAAUUAUGUGCUUUAAGUUUAACAGCUAGAGCUGCACAUGGUGAAUUACCACUUCCAAUGCCAAUAUUAAGACGUCCGACACAUGUUAUUAUUGUAACUGGUAUGGCAAAUGCUGCUCGUGGUGUUGUUAGUGAUGACGACGAUUGUUCUAAUGAUGAAGAAAAUCAAAUUAAUGAUAAAAAUAAAAUAAGAGAAAAUAUGGUCAAUAUAUUAAAUCCGAAAACACCCAGAUCAAUGCGAGAAGUUCGUGCUCAACAACGGCGUCAAAAACAGGAAAUGAAACAACAAAAAUUACCAGCUCCUGGUUUACCAUUACCACAAACUUCAACAUUAAGAGCACGUAGAAGAUUAGCAAAUAUGUUAGUAGCUGCUGCUAUAAUAUUUGUAGGCUGUUGGACUCCCCAUGUUUUUUGUAUAUUAUGGUCUGAAUUUGGUCAUAAGCAAUAUUGUAAUAUAACAAUGUCAUAUGCCAGUUUAUUAUUGGGUUAUACACAUUCAGCUAUAAAUCCAAUAAUAUAUUGGAUAUUAAAUUAUAAUGCGUUAAGACAAUCACCUUGUGCACCAUUCAUGCAUAUAACAACAGUUCAGAGAUUCUUUAGGACACAUUUAAGGCCAACAGCCCCAGCUCCACCAUCAUCAACCAAUGAAGCAGCACUUGGUGCAUUCAAUCCAAGGUAUAUUAAAACAACACCGAAGCAAUAUAGAGCACAAGCUUCUUCUCAUUAUUUAUAUUAAUGAAUUUUAAAAAUUUAAAUUUAUAAAAAAAACCACCGACUAAAAAUUAUUUAAAGACUGAAGAACUACAAUGUCCAGUUUAAAGUAUAUAAUA